AUGAACCUCACCGAUGAGAGCAAGAACUUCCACCACGGAGUGUACACCGUAGUGCUGCUUAUACCCUACGGACAUGUAACCAGCUACGGACAUAUAGCUUAUUUGCUCAACAAGCCACAGAAUUCACGACAGGUCGGCUCUGCGCUUAAACACUUGAGCAUUGUCUUGCAAUCACUCAGACAAGACCUUCCUGAAGAGGAAAGGCAAGACUACUUCACCGUAGACACUUUGCCGUGGUGGAGAGUACUUCUGAGCGCAGGUAAGAUCUCUCCUCGUGGCAAUUCAAAUGCCGAGUACAUCCAGGCAAUCAGGUUGCAAGAAGAAGGUGUAGCAGUUCUGUCAGGGCAUAAAGUAGAUCUUGACGAAUAUGGCUGGUUUCCGGAUGAAGUUGACUUCUAA